UUGGGUCCUCUCGCUCUCGAACUCGCUUUCAAGAAAGAAUGAAAGAGAGAGAGAGAGAGUGAGAGAGUGAGUGAAGAGGGCAAGGGGGCAAAGGCACAUUCCAAGGCAGAACGAAGCUGGCUGUGAAGGUGGAAGGCACCAACGGUCUCUCACGUUAUACUACUCUCCUCGACUAGCCUUUAUUUUAUAUUAUCCCUUCCUCUCUCUCUCUCUCUCUUUCUCUCUCUCAUAUUUUCUGUUUCUUUCUUUCUUUCUUUGUUUCUCCGUCAGUUAGUUCCGUCUAUCACAGUGGAAAGAGAUAUUUUUUGUAGUUGUUGUUUCUGUUUGUUUCAAGUGAAUUCGCGAGAAAGAUCAAAGCUAACUCGAGAAGAUAUUAUGGUGUACGUUGAAAUGGUGAUGAUGGCGGAUUGAAAACUUUAAUAAAGGAAACUUUACACGCGACUCGCAUGUGUGCAUGAUUCUUUCAUUAAUUCAAUCAAAAGGGGAAGAACAAAAUUUACAUCUACUUCUUGUUCCUUUUUCCAUUUAAAAAUUUCAAACGAAGGAAAAUAAUAACGCGUCUUUUUAUUUGGGUGGACACGAGAAGAUGCCCUCUUCGGCAUUAGCCAGAGGAAAGCUCAUUCUUAAGAAGAAUAAUAAUAACGGGGAGGAAGAGGAAGAAGAGGAGGAAGACGACGAGGAGGGUGUCGAACGUCGUGUCGAAAAUAGAACGUUAUUUCGACUGAGGAGGAUACGUUCGUCGAGGUUCGGGCAUGCGGAAGGUAUCAUCUUCUGCUACUUCUUCUUAUUCUUCUUGUUCUUCUUCUUGUUCUUUGGUGGAAACGACGAUCGAAAGGAAUUCGAUUGGGAGGUCUAAAUCGUUGAGAUUGAUCUUUCGCCAGAUAUCAGCAUGUCUCAGGGCUCGUCGUUGUCGAACGAUUUGGACGGGACGAUGUGCGAUUUGGAGGGAAGUCAACAACAACAACAGCAUCCUUGUCAAUGUUCAACGAUGAGUGGAAUUAAUUCAAUAAGAACGCAACGAGAUAGAACUGAUAGAAGCGUCAUGGGAAGUACGAGAAUUUCUAAUAAUCAGGAACUACCACGAGGAUUGGAAACGUUGCAGAGUGCAUUCGAACCUUUGAGAAGAUUGGACAGCCCAAUGUCUCAUCAGGAGGCAAGAAGCGUUGAGAUUAUGGAGCAUCAAAACACACCUUUAACGCGACACGCUAGAAAUGUUCCCUGUAGUCCAAGAAAUUUAGAUCUUUCGCGAAAUCUUGCCUUCGAGGCAGCGAGAAGAGUUCAGGAAUCGUCGAGUUUGCAAGAAAGUCGACAAAGUUUGACUUCGAGUCCUAGUCAUCUAUCGGAUACCAAUCCAAAUCCUAUGGAAACUUCAUUGUCGUCUAAAGAAACGUCGGAAAAACAAUUGGACGAUCCAUGUGGUUUAUCACCUAAACAAAAUAUUUCCAAGGAUAAAUUGAAAAAUAUUCAACAAGUAUUGAACACUUAUCAGCAUCAUCGAAUACCUAUCAGCGGGGAAUCUAAUACGCCUGAACGAAACGUUCAUGGACAUUUUCACGGUGAUUCUCACGUGCAUUUACACAAGCACAACGUCGAUAACACGUCGAGAACUAAUGCGAAUUUAGAAGCAAGCGAGGGUCUUAAAGGAUUCCAACAGCGACAACAACAUAGCCAUCAUCAUCACGGAACACCAAAGACCUCGAGCGUGACUCAUCAUCACGGGUCGGCGAUGAUACACCAUGCGGGGGGACACCAUCAUGGAAAUCUUGCUGCCGGGUUGGUCGGUCAUAUACAUAGUAACCCUACAACGAGUUUAAGUGGAUCUGGUAAUGGUAACCCAACGAUUAAUCAUGGAAAUACUGUGACCGGUAGUAAUAAUUCAAACUCUCAUCAUCACGCAAAUCCUAUCGCAGCGGGUACAAGUACGACAACUAUGACAACGACGACGAUUACGAUGACGACAACUACGACGAUGAUGUCCGCGGUAGCUGGGACAACAACUACGACAUCGAUCAUAGGACAAAAAGGUUCACCUUUGACGAGUCAUCGUCAUCCAACCGUGUCGAGUGCAAUGAGCGGUACGUCUUCUAACUCGAGCAUGAUGAAUCACGGUGGAUCACCAAGUGUACAUCGGCACGUCUCGGUAAACGCGAGUGCGAGUUUGUCAGCAACCCCAUUAGUUGCCAGACAUCACGGCAGCAGUUCGACCGGUAGCUUGACUGGUCGUUCGAGCGUCAAUCAUCAUCACGUGAGUUCUGGUAUCUCUUGCGAAUCUUCCUCGUCGAAUGCGAAUACCAGAACUCACAGCAGGUUAGAUCACGUUCACGAUCACCAUCAUCUAUUGCAACAGGUGCAUUCUUUACACCCUGAUUCGAGAUCGAGAGAUAGAGCAGCUUCAUUGGUUCAUCCACUCGACGAACAACAACAUCAUUCUCAUCAUCAUGGACACGUUCAUGCACAUGGUCAUCCUCACUUGCAAAGCAACGAUACCAAAAAUUCAUCCCUGAUAAGAAUGGACGCUAUUCAGGUGUCAGCACCGUCAAAGAGUAGCAAGUGUCAGUGUCAUGCGGUACAACAGGGUAACAGGAACAAGAGAAAUUCCGAGGGUGAGACUGACGACAGUGGUGGAAUAGUCGAAGUAACGUCAAGAACCCAUCAACCACCGGCUUUACCACCACGACCACCACCCAGACCAACCAGACGUUAUGAGACAGCAUCCGCCGAUCAAUGUCAUACCGGUGAAGGUGGGUGUUGCAAAAAAUAUGUCGUCCUUUGUUGUCUGUGCGGUGGUCUCAGUGCAGGAGUUGGCAGUGUCUUUUUGGCGGUACACGCUGUCCUUUCAGCCCACACGGCAAGCUUAGCGUUAUUCGAGACUGUACCAUCUUACAUUCCUGGCAUAAUGUUGAUACUGAUGGGAUUAUUCACGAUGCUUUUGGCAAGACGAAAACACAGAUACGGACUUUUGAUGAAAGUUUGCGGUUCGGUUGGGGUUGUAUGUGCAUUGGUGUGCGUUCUCGUGACAGUUACAACAACAGUGAUUCAUAUGUCUCGAUUGCAAGGGCUCAGAGAAUGCGUUUAUACCGCAAGAGCAAGGUCGUGUACGUGUUACGGUGCACCGCAAUCAAAGGGUGACCCAGGUGUCUUGUUCGAAGGUACUCCACAUUGCGAAGCAGUACACGGUGCACUUUACACCUGUUUGCGUGCACUUUUUGGUGUCUCGGUAGCUGGUAUACUUGCUUGCAUAUUCUCAUGCAUGUUGGUUUAUCAAUUACUGAGUCACGAAAAGAAAAAGAUGUAUUGGGAACAGUUGGAACUAAGAUGCAGAUCGUUGUACGGUCAAGGAGGUCCGGUAGGUCCACCGACCGCUUCCUGCGGAUGUUGCAACGAUUGCGGUGGAGCCAGUCCAUGGUGGGCCCAAACUCCAGGAAAUCUCUACACGCCGAAUCCCGACUUGGCACCUUCGAGACGGUGGCGAUUACCUUGGUCCAGACCCAGAGGACCAGCACCAAGUCCUGACUCAAAUUACGGAUUCCACACGCAAACGAGACAAACAGAGACUAACCCCGACAACACGGCAGGCCCUUACAGCGUCCUCAAUUCGCAAUCGAGUGGUCCUUAUUCAGUUCUGAACACACCCAAUGGACCAUACACACCGAGUACAGCAUCAUACAGCGUUUUGGAGACACCUGUACCUUUAUGGGGUCCACCACCACCUUACAGCGAUCCUAACAGUCCAGCACGUAGACCACAAGUCGCGGAUACCAGGCCGAGAAUGAGCAAAAGGAUCGACAAUUUUGACGGAAACGAAGAUCACAGAUCGAGAUCGACAAAACGUCCAUCUGACAAUUAUGAAAAUGCUGAAGAAAUUUCUAAUAGUACAGACCCGGAAGGUGGAAACGAUGGAACGAUGAAGGGUAGGAGAGCUAGGAAACCUUUAAAGGGUGUCGAGAACGGUGCUUUUCAACAAGAACCUAAUCCUGGUGGUAAACAAUCAGAAAGUGAAUUAUAUUUCGGUGACGUUUCUUCCUGUUGCGGUCCCGAAAGUAGUUUCUAUGAUUUAGCUGUUGAGAAAGAAGGUGCCAAACACUCGGAGGGAGUGGAUUAUUUAGCAGCUCGUUUGGGCAAAAGACAAUUAUCCAAACGAUCAAGACUUCCUCUUCCCUUACCCUCAGACGGUGGUGACAUACCGUCCGACAGUUAUGCCAACAGUGACGAACCUAGAAACACUAGGGGACCCUUUUUAGCACCUGAUGCUCAAUACGAAGUCAUCCAGCAAGCUCGUUAUACGUAUUACGCUCCAAAAGAAGACGAAGAACUUGAUGAAGAAGCUGCUACGUCGAGUUACUUUAGAGAAGAGGAUACUGAUCGUCCAAGGGAAAGGGAUUACAGGGACUAUCAUAGCGGUCAGGAAGAGGAAACACCUCAGUGUUGUUUGAGCGACUCCACGACUUUGGAUUCUGGCUGGCAGAGUGGUGAACAACAGCAAUCGGAUGAUAAUGUUAGACCAGUUAACGUGUAAAUCGAUUGUUUUUUUCCUUUGGAAAUAGAAAAUCGAUGUAGGAAGAGCUGUAGGAAUUUCCUCAUACUUCAAGAACAAUUAACAGUCACCCUUUCGAUUUUUCUGAGACUGAAAUGACGUUGCCAUAAUAUGAAAUUAUAUUUAAAAGGCCAAGAAGACGCGAUAUAUAUUGAAAUAUUCAUUUCUUUUCUUGU